CCCAUCGGCCCUCCUCAAAACCAUACAUCGCCGACCAAAAUAAUGGCGAAGAUCGCGCUGGGAAGCCGGCAGGAGGUCGCCGAGCCGGACUGCAUCCGUGCCGUCCUCGCAGAGAUCGUCCUCACCUUCCUCUUCGUCUUCGCUGGUGUUGGGGCCGCCAUGACCGCAGGGAAGAUGGCGGGAGGGACGGACACGAUCAUGGGUUUGACGGCGGUGGCGGUGGCGCACGCUCUGGUGGUGGCGGUCAUGAUAUCGGCGGGGCUCCACAUCUCCGGCGGCCACCUCAACCCGGCGGUGACGCUGGGACUCGCCGUCGGCGGCCACAUCACCCUCUUUCGGUCUAUCCUUUACAUCAUCGCCCAGUUGCUGGGUUCUUCCCUGGCUUGCCUCCUCCUCAAGUACCUUACCGGGGGAAUGGAUACUCCAAUUCAUGCUCUUGCUGCUGGCAUGGGCGCCGUCCAAGGUGUCAUCAUGGAGAUAGUCCUCACCUUCUCCUUGCUCUUCUCCGUCUAUGCCACCAUCGUGGACCCAAAGAAGGGUAUUAUCGCAGGCCUGGGCCCUCUUCUUGUUGGGCUUGUAGUUGGGGCUAACAUCUUAGCUGGUGGCCCUUUCUCGGGUGCAUCCAUGAACCCAGCCAGGUCCUUUGGGCCUGCGCUGGCCAGCUGGGAUUGGACUGACCACUGGGUCUACUGGGUUGGGCCACUAAUCGGGGGUCCACUUGCUGGGUUCAUCUAUGAGCAUGUCUUUCUCAUAAGGACUCAUGAACCUCUCCCAAGAGAUGAUGGUUUCUGAUGGUCUGAUUAGCUUUCGACUAAAUGGAUCUUGGUGUUAAGCAUGUUUUAAUUGCAUCAUCAUGUAUGUUUUGUGCAGUCUGUGAAACAUCUACCUCCCUACUUAUGCAUUCUCAUUUGCACUUUGUGAAACGAAUGUCCCAUGUAUGUCUGUCAUUAUAUUUAUGGAUAUUUUAUUUGCAUUAUUUUUCUAAA